AUGCCUCUUCCAGGAGCAGGAUUAUUUGGACCUGACGGUGGAAUGGGCCCACCUCCUAACACCGAGCAAUUAAUAAACAUGCUGGAGAAUCCUCAAUUCUCUUCCAUGAUGAAUGAAGCCCUUCAGAAUCCCCAGCUCCUUGACAUGAUGAUACGGCAAAACCCAAUGCUCCGCGAUAUGGGCCCCGGUGUUAGACAGAUGAUGCAAUCGCCGGCAUUCCGCAGGAUGCUGACCGACCCUAAUAUUCUUCGUCAAAUGGCACAGAUGCAGACACAAUUUGGUUUGAGUCCGUUAGGGGGGGCUGGAGGAGAGAACGCAAGCUUCCCUGCCCCGGGAGUCACAAAUACCACACCCGAGGAGCAUCGCCAACAGGAAAGUACCCAAGGUGUCAAUACUGGAAAUAAUGCAGGAAACGCCCCGAAUCCUUUUGGGCUUUUUGGGUUUCCACUCGCCCAAAACACAGCGGGGAAUCCAUUCGCCUCACUUUUUGGCAAUCCAGAGUUUGGAGGUACUGCAACGGGCAAUGAUACUUCGCCUACAGGUGCCACGGGUAAUUCAACGUCCCGCGAAACCACUUCAGCUGGAAACACUGCUCCUACAGGAGCAACUGGCGGCACGCCAUCGAGCCAGAAUCAACCAAAUCCGUUUGCGGCCCUGUUUAACCCGACUCUAUCCGCCCCGCCGGCUGGCCAAAACCCCAGCCAACAACCUCAGCAUCCUUCUGCAGCCAUUGCGAACAGUCCCUUUUUACAAGACCCAGCUUUACUCAGUCAAUUACUGCAAACAUUUGGCGGUAAUCAGAAUCCUUCAAACACCGAAGCAGGCGCCAAUCCGUUUGGAAUGCUUUUCCCCGGCUUAAUGGGCCAAGGCAGCCCCUCUCCUCAGGAUAAUCGUCCGCCGGAGGAAAGGUAUGCCGAGCAACUUCGCCAAUUAAACGACAUGGGUUUCUAUGAGUUCGAGCGGAAUAUCGAGGCAUUGAGAAGAACGGGGGGGAGCGUGCAAGGAGCUGUUGAAUAUCUACUGAACAAUACAUAA